UUUUUUUUAUCUCUUCUUCGUUCUGCAGCCUACAACCUGGCAUCGCCGAAACCCUGGCUAUUAUUAACUUGCACUUUCCCUCCUUUGCUCUCGUCUCUGAAGCACCUCUGAAACCCCAGCGCCCUCUUUCGAGAUUCUCUGUUGAUUUUCUUUUUUGCAUUUUGCUUCCCGCAUCUCUAUAAGAUUCUCUACUGAUGGUGGGAAAAAAGCAAAGACAUCUUGUGGCAAACCCUAGAAACAAGAAUGUUACUCCAAGUGGCCACCUUAACUCGUCAAAAUCUAGUGAUGAUCUGGAUGUGCAGGGAGAAGAUAGUUGGGUGAUUGUGAAAAAGCAGAGGGUCACCAUUUUGGUGCCUCCUCUACCUGCUGCAAAAAAUUUGAAGACUCGAAACCUGGGACCAAGUCAGCUGGAAGCCAGACCCCAAAAAACAAGUAACCAAAUACAACCUCCAAUUGAUAUAUGUCCUAGAAUAUUGUCUGUUGAUGAAGAAGGAAAGUCCAUGUCACUGGCUCCUGAAAAGAGUAUUCAGUUUGCGAGAAAAGCUCCUUCUCAAGAUCUGCCAACAUUAGCUAAGCCACCAAGGGAAGAUUUAAGGAUGGAACCAGAAAAUACAAAUCAAGUUGGCACCUCAAAAACUUGUGAAAGAUUUGGGGUGUCUGACACCUCAAAAGCUAUCAAGCGGCCUAGGCUAUUACAUUGCCCCAGUGGCUUGAUUGAUGGGGGAAUGUUGCUAAGUCAAAAGCUGAGGGCAUCAAAUCUUGAGAUAAAACUUAAAAGAGCUGGGGGGUUGAGCAGGUGGUUGGCAUCGCUUGGACUGGAUCAAUUUGUGAGGAUUUUCCAGAGGAAGAGUGUUAAUAAAUUUCAGUUGGUAAAUUUAACAAUGAAGAAGCUCAAAGAUAUGGGUGCAAAUGCAGUGGGGCCUAGGAGGAAACUGAUACAUGCCAUUGACUGUGUUUGUCAGUCCUAUUGUUUUGAGGCCAUCUGAAUGUUCAUUGGAUCUUGAAGCAAUUGGAAGAUAGGAGGAAAGACACUGUCAAAUGCAGCAGCCUAAUUAUAUUGGUCAGGGACAUGCCUGAACAAUUGGAUAUUUCAUGACAACUACUUGGGAGAGAGAAUAUGAAACAAACUUUGCUGGUAGUAGAAGAGGCGGUAACAUUGGCACCAGAAAGCAUCUGCUGCCCCCCUGGCAACAAAGGAAGCUGCAAAACUUCCGACUGCAGAACAUCAUCAUCCAGGAAGGUGACAUAUCGCUGGGUAACAUCUGCUGCAAGAAGGAGAGGGCUCAUGAUAGAAUGCAAACUUCAUCAAUCGUAGAUGAUAUUAUCCAUUCCUUAAGGUCAUUCAAACAAUGGCACGUAUAGAAACUUUAUUGGUUACACAACCGAUGUGCGCACUUGGUGCUGCACUAGGCCUUGCCUAAUCUCAUGACUUGCAUUCCCCUUGAUAUUUUUCCCCUUUCCCGCCAUGAACUGUAACACAUUAUUCUAUUAGUGAUAUGCUCAAAACGAGUUGUUAUUGCUUAA